GCUGUCACCGUCUUUGACAACAAGCGAAAGCGCUACGAUAGAAGAGCUUGCGUGAGGUGUUCGUACAAAGUCGUUCGAAAACCGUUCAGAUACGAUAGUCAUAAAAAUAAAAAUCAUAUUUUAUAUUCAUCCGUUCUUUUUUCCGUUAAAACAACAUAAUUUACCAGGCGAUGAAAAAUUUACAAACACAAAUAACUGCAGCGUUGCUGUUGACACUGACGUUCUUUUUCACUCACGCUCUGCGCCAUGGUUCAGAAUACAGUGACGAGUAUAAGCGAGAUAAUAACAGAGAUAGAAGGGAAUCUGUUGCAGGAUUGAUACCGUUUCCCAGAGUUGGGAGGUCCGGGAUCGACUCUGCUUUACAAAUGGACAAUUUGUACGAUACUCAACGAGAACUGAGAAGUCACAAAAGAGAAGGACUCAUUCCUUUUCCCAGGAUUGGCAGAAGGAGUGACUCGAGGAACACAGCUCUCUGGUUUGGUCCUAGGUUAGGACGAUCAAUCGUGGUACCAGAAAAUUAUGAUACGUCGUACUUAGAUUCGGAUACGCCAACGAUCAUAAAGACUUUGAUCGAAAUGAAAAGCAAAAACUUUGGUGAUGAAGAUGACAAUCUAAUGUAACAUUGUGUUGUGUACUUUUAAAUUUAUUUUACUUUUCUUAAAAUAAUUUCGUAAUUUAGCUAGUAGUACAAUAGUAUACAGCUGCAAAACAGAAUAUUUGAUACUUACCUACAAUAUUUUAUUUUGAAAUCAAAUUGAUAGUAUUGAUGUUAUA